AUGUCGCAAUUGAAGUGCGUAAAUUCGUUAAAAGCGGCGACGAGAAGGAUUCGCGGCGUAAUUUUCGUUGCGAAUAAAUCGUUUUGCGAUAAAAGAGAUUCAGAUGGACGAUCUGAGAAACCAAAUGAACGAGAAGAGAAGAAAUCUAAAUCAGAUUCGUUACUCUUCGAGCAACAAGAUGAAGGUAACCCUGGUGCAACGGAAAGAGAAAAGGAAGCUUCCCUGAAAAGCAAAUUGUCACACGAAUGCAGCAAGUUGUAUGGUAAAAAGAACAUUAGGAUGUUGAACGUCAACAGAGUACUGAGGUUAAAUCAAAGCGAUGAUGAUAUGCUGAAAAAUACAAUGUACGAAAAUGUAGGGUUUCCAUCUAACUCUGCUCCUGCUUCAGACAUCUACGUGCAAUUCUCCAAAUCGGACGAUAAAAAACCCACAGACCCCAAACCACCAGACAGUAAAUCUAAAGAAACCAAAACAGACAGUUCCGGAGCGAAAAAAGAUACUAAAACUGCUGAACCGUCUUCCUCGAAGCCUGCAGCUUCUGCAGCUCCUGCAGCAUCGAAAGCCCCCGCUAAACCUGGUGAACCUGCAACACCUGCUGCGCCUGGUGCACCUUCAAAGCCUCCUAAACCUGAUGCACCUCCGAUUCCUCUUGGACCAAGACCUGUGGAAUCGAUUAUUUACAGGUUGAAGAAAAAUGUAGAUGUCGAACCGUGGGACCUACCCCCGCCCAAGAAGGGAGGUUUAAAAAGGCAGGAGGCCGGGGAAGUAAUUUUACAUUUUAUUCCUAGAGAGUGGUUUACAGCUUUUAUACCGAAGACUGGGAUCACCGGAUUCGGCACGUUCUUAUUUACGACUGGUACUUUCUUAGUAAGUAAGGAGUACUACGUUCUAGAACACGAAUAUUACACGGGCGUAUCAAUGGCGAUACUUACAGCAGGGUUGAUUAAAUACGCCGGGCCCUUAGUAGCCCAAUAUUUGGAUAAAGAAAUAAAAGAGUAUGAAGACACGAUAAAUACGAAUAAGAAUGACUGGAUCGAAUCUAUUAAAACAAACAUAAGGCAACUGAAGCUUUACCAAUUGCAAUCGCAAGGUAAUUUAAUGUUAGUUGACGCCAAACGUGAAAACGUUCACCUACAAUUAGAAAACGAAUUUCGCAAACGACAAAUGACGGUAUACAAAAAAGUUUUACACAUUCUAAACUAUCACGUGGAGGUUGCUAACGCCCAUAAAAGGAUAAAUCAGAAGAAUUUGGUCCAAUACGUUAUGAAGAACGUGCUUGAGUCAAUAACGCCCGAAAUCCAGAAUCAAAUUUUGUACAUGUCCAUCGAAAAUCUGAUAGUGGCAUUUGCUAAAGUCGGAAGGGAAGACGAGCAAAUCAAAGCAGAAGAGAACAAGUAA